AUAGCUGGAGGGUGGUUCGGUGUUAUAAAACAGCACCGCCGCCAAUGGGAGGACAACUUUGAGCAGCCAACAUCCCUGGCUGUCCGAGAACUCAAGCUCCAGCUGGGACCGCAGACUGCAAGAUCCUCUUCCCUCCUCUUUAACCUCCCGUUGCUCCUCCGGAGUCCGGUCCGGUCGUGUUAUCCCGCUGCGCAGUCAUGGCACCUGUCCUACGAGUGCUGUCCGCUGCCAUGUUCGCCUCGGCUCUGCUGCUGGCUGCGGUGUCGGCCGACCUGAACGAGACCAUCUAUGCAGUGACUGUUAGCUCCCGUGUGACUGGAGGGAAACAGGAGACCCUGUGUGCUCAUGUCCAAAACCCCACAGAAACCAUUUUUCUGACCAUCACCCUUACUGUGGACUCGUCUGAGAAUAUCAUCCUAGAGGCGACAGUCUCCGAGGAAUUCUACCAGUGCAUUAACUUCCAGGUGCCAGCAGUGAUGACCAGAACUGUAGCAGUCAUUCAGGUAACACUGGCAGGUGAAGAAGGCGCCUCCCUGAGCAAGAAGACCAAAGUCCUCAUUGAGCCGCCUGGUUUUAUCCACAUUGUGCAGACUGACAGGCCCAUCUACAAACCUGGACAAACCGUCAAAUUCCGCAUCGUCUCCUUGGAUUCCAACUUCAUCCCCGUCAAUCGAGUGGUAUGUUAUUUGUUUGUUUUCAUCUGCUCAUCUUUUAUCACUGUCCUGCAGCCGUGUGAGACGUGGGCCUUUUUCUCCUGUUUCUAAUGAGGGGGAUGAGGA